GUCCUGCAUCUGCUCUCGCUCUGCCUCUUAGCAUUUCACACACGGGUUGUGCCCUUUCAGGCCUUCACGCACUGGACGGCACUGCCCUUGUGGCUGUGGACGAGGGCUCUGCCCUUUCGGUCUCUGGCUCUCACUCUCACUCUCACUGGUCCUUUCUGAUUUCUCCCAGAGACGAAACUUGCUGAUUCUUCCUGAAGAACACGUCGGAGGAAAUGGAUGGGGAUUUGAGUAUCUCUCUCGACAAACUACCAGUCAAACGUUUGGAAGCGAUUGAAGAAAAUGGAGCUGAAAGAUUCCCUCCCGAUUUGAGUUACGACGAUAACAGAGUGAAUCUCAUUCGGCGAAUAGACUUUGCUUGGGCAGUGGAGAGAGAAGAUCCAAACAAGAAGCAGAAGAAAGGUGAUAAUGCUGCUUCUGCUUCUAAAGAUACGACAUCUUCAGCACCAUGGCCAUGGCAGAGCAUGGUUGAGAAUCUACAGUUGGCUCACCAAGAGCUGUCUGUUAUCAUUGAUCUCAUUAACACGGUUGAAGCUAAUGAUGCUGUCACAGUGGCUGGCAUGACCAGGCCGAAGCAGUUACCUAACGAACUCUUAUCUGACCUGGCAGUAUCUACAGCAACGAAACUCCAAUGCUUCCGGCACCUUGGGAAAUAUUUUAAGCAAUCUGCCAAAGCAUUGGAGAAGCAAGUUGCCAGAGAAGCGAGAUUCUAUGGAGCCCUAAUAAGACUGCAGCAGAACUGGAAAGUUAAGCGACACCGCAUGGCUGCUUCUGCUGCUGGCAAUGAAGGUUUCUACAUUGAUUUGUUUGACAACACGUUAUAUGACCCAGCAUCUGUAUUUCGUCCAUCCUCGUUGUCCACUGUCCGUGUGGAACACGACAGUGCUGGAAUGCUUGCUUUGAAUUUGCCUUCAAAAGCAUGCCACACUCUUCAAUUUGGGUUUGUUAGUGGAAAUUCUGAUACUAUUCUAAGAGGUUCAGAUAGAACAGCCACAAAUAUAUCAAAUUCAGAAUUGUCUGGGGAAGCUAAGAGAGAAGCCGAAAGUGAUGAUGGAAUUGUAAAAACAAGGCAUUCUGACCUUCGUGAAGUUCAUCGAGCGGUUUUUGAUGAGCAGGUUUUUAAUUUGAUUAAUCAAGAAGCAUUUGUCCCGUCUUUAGGCGUGAAUGUGACUGGUAUACGUGAAAAUCAUUUGCAGUUAAACAUAGAUCAAGAGGCCUCUGUGUUUAUUUCACUUUUAUCAUCCACUCAAGAUGAUCAUGUCGUUGAUGAUGAAGAAGAAAGUGAUGAGAAAGCUGCCGUCAUACCUAUGAUUGAUGAAGAAGACGAACAAGAAGUUCAGAAGAAAUCAUUUCUUCCUAAUAGAAUUAGUUCUGAAAUUCUCUUGAAACAGCUUUUUCAUGAACAUGUGUUUGUAAGAGCAAAGAAUAGAUCAGCUUCUCCUAGCAGAAGUCAACUGUUUGGUCAGCCGGCAAAAGAUGGGUCGAACCUUCUGGGUCAUUUUUGCAUGUCUCUGGCUCACAGAAUAUUUUCAUAUAAAGUUCUGAUGGAGCUAGAAAAUCUGGCCAGCAGUGUAUCAUAUGUACGUUUGAUAUCUCAUCCCAGUUGGCAUUCUCGUACAUCUUCAUGGACACUUGUGGUGGAUGUUCCUCAGUCGAUUCUUCAUGCUGGGCAACAGAGCUUGGCAAUAGAGAAGAAACAUUUCAGAACAAAAGUGGUGGUAAAUGAUGAUUGUAUCAAUAUAGAAGGGGAAGGUGCACCAAAUGUAGUUGGCCUCUUCAAAGGGAAGUCUGAAAACAGCUCUUCUGUAAACAGAUAUGAGUGCAAUUUGGCUGAUCUCCAUGUCAUACUUUUACAGCAGGUUGCAAGUCAAAUAAUCCGGUGGCUGCAUGAAGAAGCUGUGAUUGUGGGAAUGAAAGCAAGCAGGGACUUUUUGAGCCUGUGGUUUGAGGUGGAACAGGGUGAAGUAUUAGGUCUGGUGGCACACGUAGAUCCAGAAGGUGGCGGCAUUUCGUGGUGGUUGGUAAUGGGAAACGGAAUUGGAAUGGGAGAGGAAUACAAGCAAGAGGUUGAAAGAGAGGAUUGGGAUGGUGAAAGAAAGAGAUUGUUAGGUCAUCUAUCUCUAGAUGUAUUGUAUGCAACAUUGUUGGAUCUGGUGACAUUGUGUAGCAAUGGUUAUGGUGGCACCCUUUGACACCAUUUUAUUUUCUUAUAGAAGGGUUAGUUGGUCCAUGUGGUUUGUUAGAAAUUAUGGAUAUUUGUCCUUGUGGUGGUUUGUUACAAUGAUGUUCUAAAUAGCUUUAGAAUUUCAUUUCGUUUCA